AUGGUUGAUGAUUCGUACUAUAUCACUCCGCAUGAGACAGCUCUCGCUGUUGUUGCGACUUCUAUGAAGAAGGCAAGACUCCGAUUUGAUACUUUGGUGAUAAACUCAUUGAUGGGUGGAAUACUCUUCAGUGCAGGUGGCAUGCUUUUCGUCGCAGCGCGAUCCGAGAAUCCGUUAAUUUUCGAACAACAUCCAGGAAUGACAAACUUCUUAGGAGCCUUCACUUUCUCUAUUGGUCUCUUUUACGUUAUCAUCAACGGUGCUGAUCUUUUCAACUCUAACGUCUUGUUCUUUACUGUGGGUUUUCUACGUGGAGCUGUAUCCAUAUAUGAUCUUUUCGUUAGUUGGGCAAUAAGUUGGUUGGGGAACAUUGCCGGGACUUUAUUUGUAUGCUACGUCAUCUGCCAUCUAUCUGGCACUACUACCUCCGAACUACUUGUCGCCGGAUCAAUAUCCAUUGCAGAAGGCAAAGCUAGCUCAAGUUUCAUUCAAACAUUCAUUAAGGGUAUCGCUGGUAAUUUUUACGUUUGCUUGGCCGUUUAUUUACAACUUAUGUGCAAACCAAUCCAUGUUAAACUAAUUGUCAUGACCAUACCAACAUUCACUUUUGUCGCUUUGGGAUUCACUCAUGUGGUUGCAGAUAUGUCGAUGCUCAUGAUUGGUAUGCUUAACGGUGCAAAUGUGUCAGUCGGUACUUAUAUUUGGAAAUUACUCAUCCCAGCAACCUUAGGAAACAUUAUAGGUGGGUCCUUCUUUAGUGGAGUGAUUCCAUAUUACCUACACUUACGUGUUGUGGAACGCGAUAGGAAACAACUAUCCUUACCUGAAUUUGAGGCUAGAGAUGAGCAACCUGAGUUGAAUAUGGACUCAAGAGUCGUUAGGGUGGAUCCUAAGGAGACAGCAGAGGCUGAAGAUGACUCAGAUAUAGAUUCAGAUGAUGAAAACUACGGCUUACUGUCCGAGAAACAAUCUUCAGAUAGUACAGGACGUAACGCCUCUGAUGAUCAGGUACUCCCAUACGUUGGUACUGAUGGUACUUCCAGAGAUCUUCAUAGAAGUGAGACUAAUGGUACAAUGGCAUCACUUCGGUCACAUGGCUCUAAAAUACGUUCUCCACCUGGUGUUUUCCCAGUAAGAGGAAUGGGUAAACCAUUGGCAAAAGAAAGAAGUAUAGUUGAUUCAGAAUACUCCAACGAAUCGCAUCACUCUUCAAAGGCUUCACCGUCUGUAAAUUCUUUUGAUAUGAUAUCCAUGCGUAGUGAUGAGGAUUCUACUUUGGAAAAUCCUAUCGGAUUCCAAGGUGUAUCGCAACAACCGUCUUUACAAGAACGGAGAAAUUCUAUUCUACGUACGUUAUCUCGUAUUCCUACUGUUCACUCUAAUCCCUUGCACCAUAUGAGUUCUCAAGAUGACCAAGAGUAUAAGAAAGAAGUGGAAGAAUAUGAAAAGGAAGGUCAUUACAAUGUAAGAGACCAUAAGCUAGGUACUAAACUAGAAAAAGCACUAACAAGAAUCGCCACCCGGAAAUCCAAUGAAGAGCUAUCGGAUAUGCUCCCAAGAACGACGCAAGAUAUUUUCCCGGAACAAAAACCUGCCGAUGAAAUGAAUCCAAUAAACUCAAGAAGGAGUGGGACUACCAUGUCCGGAUUACUCAAAACGAUCAGUAAACAGUUCGUUCCAACAAAGCAGCCAGCCGAUGUAAAUGAGGUUCACAGAAGACUCAGUCAAGCUGGCAUCACCACCAAGGCUGCCAAUGCAUCAGACAAUAUUGCGGGGAUCGAAAAUUAUGAUGGAAUUGAACUACCCUCACAUUCUCCCUACUACAGAAGACCCUCUAAUAUAAGCAAUGAUUCGACUUCAAAUUCACUCUAUACUAUGGGCUCUGUUAACAGAAGCAAGACGCCGUCCUUUAUAGUUGAUAUGGGUCAUGCAUCCAACCCAAUCGGCGGAGGAGGUGUAUCUGUUGCAGGAAAAAGAAAAUCAUACCCUCUGAAAACCAUACCUCAUUUUGAUAAUGACAAUUUUGAGGAACAAAGUGUGACAGACUUGCAUUAG